AUGCUUUCACAGUUCAAAGAAACCGUUAAUCCUGAGUCACCACCAAAUGACCUUGAAAUAGGCAAUCUAGAGUUUAUUCCCACCCUUGGUUCUGCUGUGCAGUCUGGGGAAGACACCUAUAACUCCCCAGUUUCUCAGCUCAAUAUUCCUCCAAAUGACAAUGGCUCCUGGGCAAAGCAGGAGCUCCAAAGCCUGUGGGAGAUGUUUACCUCAUGGUUGCAGCCAGAAAAGCAGAGCAAGAAGCAGAUGAUUUCUCAACUGGUCUUGGAGCAGUUUCUCAUCACUGGGCUCUACAAGGACAAGGUCGCCUUGAAAGAAAAGUGGGAAUCAAGUGGCAGAAACAUGGGGAGAUUCAUGGAGGGUCUGACUGAUGAGUGCUUGAAGGCUCCUGUCAUGGUCCAUGUCUCCAUGCAGGGGCAGGAAGCCCUCUGUUCUGAGAACAUGCCCUUAAAGGAAGUCAUCACGCUUUUGAAACAACAGCAAUCAGCAAUAACUCCAACACAAGAGAAUGCAAGGACAUCCUUGCAGCUGCUCCAACACAUGUCCUUGGCAGUGGGACAUGAAGACAGUGAAGAUAGCUGCGAAAGUCCCUGGGACGCUAUUGAAGGAAAUGGCAGUGCUAACAGUGAAGAGUCCCUGAGAGCACCUGCUUCUGAAGAUGUCCCUAUAGCAGUGAAACCAGUGCUUCUCUCUAGGAUAGACCAGUCUAAAGACACUGGAGAUGGCCACCACCCUUCCUGGAACACUGCUGACGUAAAUAGUGAUGUUAGCAGUAUCACAAAUGAGGGAGAUUCCCUUAUUAUCCAGAGAGAGCAGCAUUCCAAGCCUGAUGAGGGAGGUGUUCCAUAUGGAGUUCCUCAUGAUUCUAGAAAAGCAAUUUGCGAUGCCUCCAGGUCCCCAUGGGCAUCUUCUUCUACAGGUCUGUCUAUGGAGGUGUCAAGAUUUCUCUCCAGGCCAGAGCAGCUUACCUUUGUGCCUGUCCCUUUUUGCAAGAAUCAUGAGGCAAACUCCACAUGGGAUGCUCACCAGGGUACACUCUACAGAGACUCCAAACCACACAAAUAUGAAGAAUGUCCCAGAACCUUCAAAUAUCUCUGUAACCUCUCUGUCCACGAGAGAAAACACGGGAAGAAGAGAUCACUUUUCUGUACUGAGUGCCAGAAGGGCUUUAAUCAAGGCUCAGAACUCCAAGUUCAUGAGGUCAGACACAAGCCAGAAAAGCCUUUCCUGUGCAGCACGUGUGGAAGGUCCUUCAACCACAGGACCAACCUGCAGGCUCACGAGAGGAUUCACACAGGAGAGAAGCCCUACAUCUGCUCUCUGUGUAGCCACAGCUUCCGCCAGUCAUCCACAUUCCACCGUCACAUGAGGAAUUUCCACAAAUCAGAAUGA